AGGAAAGCCAGGCCCGACUCGGUCGGAUCGUGGACCGCAUGGAUCUCGCUGGGGACAACGAUGGCUGGGUGUCCUUAGCCGAGCUCCGUUCGUGGAUCGCGCACACACAACAGCGGCACAUCCGCGACUCGCUUGCUGUCCCUUGUGAGAUCCAACCUGUGUGACAAGCUGCUGGAGACUCCACACUCCUGCCCAGAACAUUUUCCUUCCAUACGCUGUAGUCCUGACCCCUGAUCUCUGUUUUCCUUUUGAGACAGUCUCUCUGAGCAGCCCUGGUGUCCUAGUUAACAUUACUAUCGCUGUGAUGAAACACCAUGACCGAAAGCAAGUUGGCGAGGAGAAUAUUUGACUUCCACAUCCACACCACUGUGCAUCUCUGAAGGAAGUCAGGGCAGGGACCCAGACAGGGCGAGUACCUGGAGGCAGGAGCUGCUGCAGAGGCCAUGGGGGAGUGCUCCUUACUGUACUCCCGUGGCUUGUUUGGUCUGCUGUCUUCUUUUGUUUUGUUUUGUUUUGUUUUUUUGUUUGUUUGUUUUUUUCCAGACAGGAUUUCUCUGGGUAACCCUGGCCAUCCUGGAUGGAACUGGCUCUGUAGGCCACGCUGGCCUCAAGCUCAGAGAUCCGCCUGCCUCUGCAUCUUGAGUGCUGGGAUUAAAGGCCUGCGCCACCACACCCAGGACCACCAGCCCAGCGGUGGCCCCACCCGCAGUAGACCAGGGGAGGAAUUCCAUGAUGUGGAGGAUGCUGAGACCUACAAGAAGAUGCUGGCUCGGGAUGAGCGGCGAUUCCGGGUGGCCGACCAGGAUGGGGACUCCAUGGCUACCCGGGAAGAGCUGACAGCCUUUCUGCACCCUGAGGAGUUCCCCCAUAUGCGGGACAUUGUGGUUGCAGUGAGUGAGGAGACCCUGGAGGACCUUGACAGGAACAAAGAUGGCUAUGUCCAGGUGGAGGAAUACAUCGCGGACCUGUACUCUGAGGUGCCUGGGGAGGAGGAACCUGCCUGGGUGCAGACGGAGCGGCAGCAGUUCCGGGACUUCCGGGAUCUGAACAAGGAUGGGAAGCUGGACGGCAGUGAGGUCGGUUACUGGGUGCUGCCUCCGUCCCAGGACCAGCCCCUCGUGGAGGCCAACCACCUGCUGCACGAGAGCGACACAGACAAGGAUGGCCGUCUGAGCAAAGCUGAGAUCCUGAGCAACUGGAACAUGUUUGUGGGCAGCCAGGCCACCAACUACGGCGAGGACCUGACGAGACACCACGAUGAACUCUGAUCCUAGGUCUGCUCAGCCCUGUGACCCCAGGACUCCAUGGGGGCAGUUGAGGGGCCACUGCAGCCAACCUCCAGGGCACAGACUCAGCUCUGGUGUCCCUGGUUCUUGGGCUCUCAGGGACCCACUGAAUCACCUUCUCUCCGUGAGACCCUGGCCCCCGCGGCUGGAGCCCCCAUCUGCCCCGACACUCAGGCACUCAAGUGACUGCCACUAAAACCAUCUCCCAGCACAGGCCUUGGGCCCACACCCUGGCCCACCCCAAUCUGAGCCUCAAUCACAUGGGCUGACCUGUACUGCCCACUACCUGGGAGCAAUAAAAGCCUUUGCUGGGGUC